AUGAGGAAGUUGAUGCAGCUCUUGCAGAAUUCUGUCCACAUUAUAAAUAAAGGAAAAGAGACUGCAGAUGGUACCGUGGGGCCCCUGCCUUGUUGCAGGCACUGUAGGUGUCAGUACAUCCCUCGCCGAUGCUUCCCCGGCCACCAUCGGUCAUGCCUUCCCGACCCUCGCCGACGCCUUCCACGAUCAUCACUGGCCCUACCUUCUCGGCCCCCGCCACCACCUUCCCCAGUCGUCGCCGGCCCUGCCUUCCUAGCCCCUACCGGUGCUUCCCCGGCCUCUGCCGGCUACAGCCCCUGUCCGCCCCACACUCCCUGGUAUGCUCAUAUUGAGGAACGGCGGCCGAACCCUAAGCGGAACCUGCCGUUAGGAACUGCGGCCACCAUGGCAGCGCAGCCCGGGGCUCUGCGUCCGCCAUGGGGGACGCAGUCCCUACGGCACCCCCCACACAGUGGUGCCGGAGGGGGCUGCGGCCUCCAAAGGAGACGCAGUCCCCUUCGGCCCCCACUGUGUGUGGGCACCGAGGCAGCUGCGAGUGCGCGCGCGGGGAGGGGACGGGAGGAACGGCGGCCGAACCCUAAGCGGAACCUGCCGUUAGGAACUGCGGCCACCAUGGCAGCGCAGCCCGGGGCUCUGUGUCCGCCAUGGGGGACGCAGUCCCUACGGCACCCCCCACACAGUGGUGCCGGAGGGGGCUGCGGCCUCCAAAGGAGACGCAGUCCCCUUCGGCCCCCACUGUGUGUGGGCACCGAGGCAGCUGCGAGUGCGCGCGCGGGGAGGGGACGGAAAUUCGCCAGCCAAGAUAAAACAUCAAUUCAUGUAGUAACUCAAGAAGUUCCUUCAGCAUCUGAAGAAGUUCUUGCAGCAAAUGGGGAAGACAUUAAGGGUGCGGUUCCUCCAGCUUCUGCAAGGAGCGUUCUUAGCAAUCAAUAA